AUGACGUCUUUUCCGACCACGCUAGCCGAAUACUACAACACGACGUACUCGAAAUGCGCCCAAAUGUUCGGACUAAUCGACUCGCCCGAGUUCCUGUCAAUCGGAUCAAAGUCGCUGGCGCUCGUGAUCAUUCCGAUCAACUUGUUCGGAUUUCUGUGCAUUCUGUGUCGGACGCCCAAGUACAUGAAGGGAUUCAAGUGGCAUCUGAUGCACUUGCACUUUUGGUAAGCAUGAAAUCGUGUUGUCAUCGCAACGUUUGAUGUUUUCUUUAGGUUUCUAAUGCUGACUACGUGCUACACGCUCCUAGCCACCACGUAUGCAUUCUAUCCGGCUCAAGUCAGAUGCUCCGUCGGUUUUCUUAGUCAUCUGAGAAUAUCGUCAGAGUAUCAGUUCAUACUCAUCACUUUUGUGUACAUUGGCCUCUCUACUUCUAUUAUCAUGCUCUUCGAGAACCGACAUAAACACUUGGUUCCGCCUACGGACAUAUUCUACCGUAUCCAUGACACUCAUCGAAUUGUACUAGGGGUCUUGAACUUUUGCCUGGGAAGCACUACCUAUCUGCCAACUCUUGUGACUACGGUACUUGCCACGGAUCGGCAACAACGUCAAGAACAGCUAAAGUUAGCCUAUCUCGCAGUCGUCCCCUGCCCCACGGCACUCUUCUUUGAUCCAUGUUCCGUCGCCUACGAUACAUCUAGAACUAUCUGGAGCAUAAUGGCGAAUGUCUGCAGCGGAAUCACCAGUACUCAGUUGCUAUUUUUCAUUGUUCAUAGUGUCUGGUACCUGAGGAAAUUUCGAAAGAUGGAUAACUUUUCCGAGCGAACAAAACACAUGCAGAAGGCGUUUUUCGUGGCGUCGCUGGUUCAAGUGACCGCUCCGAUUUGUGUGAUCGCGGGUCCGCUGAUGAUGCUAACGUAUAUCAUGACUACCGGACGGUACCAACAAGGUGAGUAUGGACCCACACAGACACCCCCCAAACAAUAGCGUUUCAGGCCUGAUCAACGUGUGCAUCCUGGCCAUUCCCGCCCAUAGUCUCUUCUCCACAGCCGCUCUCCUCUACUUCAUCGCCCCCUAUCGAAAAUUCGUCAAACGUCUUCUGAGAAUCGAGGAGGAGUCGAACACGCGAAUGAACAUGGUGUCUAGUGUGAAUUUAUGA